AUGACAACAAGAAAAAAAGACUGUACCCUACCGAAUAAGGCCCACAGAACUAUGUCCCAGCGUUCUUAUUCACUAACAACUGCCAGCACCGGCAUAAAAUGCACCGACCUCGGCAAUACAUCACCACCGCACUGCCCCCCCCCCCCCAACACACACGCACCCCCUCCUGCCAUUACCUGCGAUUGCGUUCCUACUGCUGACUCUCCUCCUCAAUCCUUGUGCGCCAUACACACCCCUGGUUGGACUGCUAUAAAACGCGUUUUCAGACACCGCAGACAUCGGGCACCAUCGUAUUAG